ACUAUAUCUGGUCUCACCGGACCCCGCAUUCACCAUAUCCGGUCUCCCCGGACCCCGCAUUCACUAUAUCUGCUCUCCCUGGACCCCGCAUUCACUACAUCCCCUCUCCCCGAACCCUGUAUUCACUAUAUCCACUCUCCCCGGACCCUGCAUUCAUUAUAUCCACUCUCCCCGGACCCUGCAUUCACUAUAUCUGAUCUCUCCAGACGCCGCAUUCACUAUAUCCGGUCUCCCCGGACCCUGCAUUCACUAUAUCUGGUCUCCUCGGACCCUGCAUUCACUAUAUCCGGUCUCCCCGGACCCUGCAUUCACUAUAUCUGGUCUACCCGGACCCUGCAUUCACUAUAUCCAGUCUCCACAGACCCCGCAUUCACUAUAUCUGGUCUCCCACAGUACCCCGGAUUCACUGUA